AAGUGCUCUUAAUUACUUCUUGUGGCUUUCUUAAUGUCGCACUUAUUUAAUUGGGGAAAACCUGAUUAAUAUGAUACACGUAGAAGUCAUCUACAAGCAUCACGAAUAGUUAUUAUUCAAGCACCAAACAUGGGUCGUAUAGAGACAUUUUGGACGAAAAAUCGUACGUUGGUAUAUACAGUCAGCGGAUUAAUGCUAGGAUACUCGUUUGCGAUGGGAAUGAGCUAUCUUUUAUUUUCUAUCGGGCAAAAAAAUGGAAAAGGGCAUAUCCAGUCUUUUGAAAUUACUCAACUUAUAAAAGAUUCAAAAGAGGAGAUAAUAAAUGUCAUAAGGGACCCGAGGAACUCUACAAGCAAUGAAAAUAUGAGCACUGUGAGUAAGCAAGGAAUCAUUGCUUUCUACGCAGUCUCAACCAAAGAUCUCGACCUUGAGUUUAGUCAAACAAUAGUUUUUGAUCAUGUAUACACUAACAUUGGUAAAAGUUAUAAUCCGAAAACAGGAAAAUUCAUGGUGCCUUUAAAUGGAUUGUAUCGUUUCGGAAGUACAGGGAUGUCGCAAAGUAAGGAUAUUGUUCAUUUGCAAAUGAACAAAAACGGAGUUGAAGUCGCUCGUAGCACUGCACAACAAAAUCAUAACACUGCUGACAUGGAAGCCAUUUUAGAACUAAAGAAGGGUGAUAUCAUUGACGUCACACGUAGAACAAACAACAAUAAACAGACAGAACGACUCCAUGGUAACAGAUUGGCGUCAUUUACGGGGUUCCUAAUAACAACAAUGUAAAUAAUGUAAAAGGGACAAAAAAUAUUGGAAACAAACUUAAUAGAACUACUUUGACUUAUGUAUAGAACAGAGUCCUUAAAACUUACGUCCCUCAAUCUAUUGGAAAUUUGCAGAGUCUCUUGUUACUAAGAAAUUGACAGUUUCUGAAUUUCUUCUUUUUAGAGAAUGUUUUGCAAUUCGUGUUGAACAUCACUAUAGGUUUAAUGUCUUAAUAAAAUGAUAUUGUAAACAAUUUUGAGGGAAAUAAUUCAAGUCCCCUUAAGCUUAUAAAUAGUAAGGUGGGAUGCCUUCUUUUUGCGGAUGAUUUUUAAAUCCUGUCAGAAUCAACAGAGGGUCUUCAAAACAGUUUAAAUAAUGUUAAAUUAUAUUGUAACAAUUAUCAACUCUCUUUGAAUACAAACAAAACUAAAUCCAUGAUUUCUAGUCAGUCAAAACAUAAUAGUGAAACAUCACAUAUUUACUAUGAUAAUAAAGCUAUAGAGAGUGUAACAGAAUAUUCAUUUUUGGAAAUGUUGAUAAAAUAUAAUGGAAAUUUAUCACAAAGUACUUUAGAGCUGACAAAAAAGGCAAAACAGUAUUUUUUGCAAUAAAAUUCUAUACUAAAUCAUUGAAUAAUCUACCUAUAAAAGUAGCAAAUAAUCUUUUUUAUUCUUUAGUAAAACCAAUUAUGACCUAUAAUUCAGAAGUAACAUAUUUGGAUACAUAUAUUUCUUUUCAUCGAGCCAAAAGCAGAGCCUUAACUUCAGGAAAAGAAAUUAAUCAACUUGAUUUUAUAGACAAAAAAAACCUUUGGAAAAUAUGCAUCUUAAAUUUUGUAAAUCUACUCUAGGAAUAAGAAAAAAUGCAUCCAAUUUAGUAGCAAGAGUUGAAUUCGGGAGAUUGCCUAUAGAAUGUUUUAUUAAAACACAAACCCUUUUAAAUUUAGCUAGACUAUAUAGUUAUAAUAUUAAUCCAUUGGUAAAGGAAGAUUUUUCUCUAGCACAGUCUCUAAAUUUGACAGGAACUUACUCAUGGUAUACAUAUGCAAAAAUAUUGUUAAAGAGACUAAUGUUGACCUUAAUUUUCUUUCUACUUGUAAGGACAUAAAAGAUGUAAAUAAAAUAAAAAAACCGAUAUAAAGUUAAAAAUGAAAAAUAGAUAUGAAACUUUAAUUCAAACUAAAUUUCAAAACAUUGAUGAUAAAAGUAUUUUUUUUCUUUAUAAAAAACUUAAAAAAGAUUACAAACUAGAAUCUUAUCUAAAUACAUCUCGUUUUCAGAUAAGGAGAUUAAUCACUAGAUUAAGAAUAAGUGACCACUCCCUCUUGAUUGUAAAGGGGAGAUAUUUUAAAAUCCCAAGAGAGGAACGACUUUGCCAUAAAUGAAAAAUACUAGAGGAUGAGAAACAUUGUUUACUCUAUUGUGAGUAUAAUAAAACUCUAAGAAAUUACUUUUUUCAUCACAUAUGUACCGAAAAUAAUAACUUUAAUAAUUUAAAUGAAGAAGAAAAAAAUCAUUAUUUACUAAAUCCAUCAUCGCCUUUACAGACAAAUAAGUUAGGAUCCUUCUUGAAAAAGUCAUUUGAACUGAGGGCAGGGGACUCCUACAGCUUGUUUGUUGUUAUAAAUGUUGUCGCUGUUGUUAUUGUGUAUGUUUAAUAUGGAUGUAUAUAUGCUUAUUUUGUUUAUUGUGUUAAUAUAUGUUGGUCACAAACUGUGAAGUUUAUAUGACAAUAAAAUAUUUAAUUUGA